GCUGCUGGCGGUGGUUGGUCUUCGCCCGGCAGCGGGAGGCGGCGCAGCGGGAUAUGCACAAGUGAAGUACCUGCAGCCCAUGGUGAAGGGACCCCUGGGACCCCCCUUCCGCGAAGGCAAAGGGCAGUACCUGGACAUGCCACCGUUGCUGCCCAUGGACCUCAAAGGAGAGCCAGGACCGCCGGGGAAGCCUGGCCCCCGUGGCCCCCCCGGGCCGCCGGGCUACCCAGGCAAGCCGGGCACGGGGAAGCCGGGCAUGCACGGCCAGCCCGGGCCCGCCGGGCCGCCCGGCUUCUCGGGCAUCGGCAAGCCCGGCAUGCCGGGGCUGCCCGGGAAGGCCGGCAUGAAGGGGAUGCCCGGAGCCAAGGGCGAGCCCGGCGUGCGAGGAGAGCAAGGCCCGAGAGGACUGCCCGGCCCCCCGGGGCUGCCGGGGCCGGCCGGCAUCUCAGUCAACGGGAAGCCGGGUCCCCAGGGCGGCCCCGGGCUGCCGGGGUUCCGGGGCGAGCCCGGCCCGAAGGGAGAGCCGGGUCCCCGCGGCGAGCGAGGGAUGAAGGGUGAGAACGGCAUGGGGAAGCCUGGGCUGCCCGGGCCCCGGGGCAACGGCGGCCCUCCCGGCCCCGCAGGGCCCCCGGGGCCCGUCGGCAUGGGGAAACCCGGCCUGGCCGGGCUGCCGGGAGCGCCGGGGGAGAAGGGCGAGAUGGGACCCCCGGGCGGCCCCGGCCUGGGAGGGGAGCCCGGCCCCGCAGGGCCCCGCGGGCCCCCCGGCAUUGAUGGCAUCGGCGUCCCGGGCGCCGCGGGGGUGCCGGGCAUCCAGGGCCCCGUGGGGCCAAAGGGAGAGCCGGGCAUCCGCGGGCUCCCGGGGCUGCCGGGCCCCACGGGCUACGGGAAGCCAGGACUGCCCGGCCUAAAGGGAGACCGCGGGCAGCCCGGGGCGCCGGGAGUCAUCGGCGACAAGGGCGAGCCCGGUGUCGACGGGGAGCCGGGGGAGCCGGGCCCCGCUGGCAUCAUCGGGCCGCCGGGCCCGCCGGGCUCCAUGGGCUUGCCGGGCAAGCACGGGCUGCCUGGCUCCAAAGGGGAUGUGGGGCCGAGCGGGCCGCCGGGGCUGCCGGGGCUGCGCGGGGACCAGGGCCCCAGCGGUUUCGCGGGGAAGCCGGGGGUGCCGGGAGAAAGGGGCCUGCCCGGGUCGCUGGGUCCCCCCGGGCCGGCGGGUCCCAAAGGGGAGCCGGGGUUCAUCGGCCUGCCGGGGGUGCCGGGGCUGACGGGCGGCCCCGGGCCGAAAGGGGACGGCGGGAUCCCCGGGCAGCCGGGGCUCAGGGGCCCCUCCGGCAUCCCGGGCUUGCAAGGGCCCGCGGGCCCCAUGGGGCCUCAGGGGUUACCGGGGCUGAAAGGGGAGCCCGGGCUGCCUGGGGUUCCCGGUGAGGGCAAGAACGGCGAGCCCGGCAUGGCCGGCCCCAUCGGCCCGCCGGGGAUGCCGGGAACGCCGGGGCUCAACGGGCCACCGGGGCCGCCAGGGCCGCCCGGGCCGCCGGGAGCGCCCGGGGUGCUGGACGAGACGGGCAUCGCCGGGCUGCACCUGCCCGACGGCGGCGUGGAGGGAGCCGUGCUGGGCAACGGCAAGGCGGGCAAACCGCAGUACGGCCGCGGGGAGAUCUCGGCGCGCAUCGCCCCGGCCUUCACCGCCAUCCUCAGCUCCCCCUUCCCCGCCUCGGGCAUGCCGGUCAAGUUCGACCGGACUUUGUACAACGGGCACAACGGCUACAACCCCGUCACCGGCAUCUUCACCUGCCCCAUCGCCGGCGUUUACUACUUUGCCUACCACGUGCACGUCAAAGGCACCAACGUGUGGGUGGCGCUGUAUAAGAACAACGUGCCAGCCACCUACACCUACGACGAGUACAAAAAGGGCUACUUGGACCAGGCCUCGGGCAGCGCCGUGCUGGAACUCAAGGAGAACGACCAAGUGUGGGUGCAGAUGCCCUCGGACCAGGCCAACGGGCUGUACUCCACGGAAUACAUCCACUCCUCCUUCUCCGGGUUCCUGCUCUGCCCCACAUAACGGCUGUAGGGGCACGUUUCCUGCUCACCCACUUUAGCCAUAAACUGUCUUGUUGUUGUUGUU